CUCCCUGUUGUAGCCAUACCCUCCCACUACCUUUAAAUACCACGUGUCUAGCCCAAAUGGCUACAGUUCCCCUCAGUCUGAUUCUUGCUGAGUUCUGAGCCGCUUGCAUACCGCUAUCAUGGGGAAGGAGAAGAUUCACAUCAACAUUGUCGUGAUAGGACAUGUCGACUCCGGUAAAUCAACAACCACCGGGCACUUGAUCUACAAAUGCGGAGGUAUCGAUAAGAGAACUAUUGAAAAGUUUGAGAAAGAAGCUGCUGAGAUGGGUAAAGGUUCUUUCAAGUAUGCUUGGGUUCUGGACAAGCUGAAGGCUGAGCGGGAACGUGGUAUCACUAUUGAUAUUUCAUUGUGGAAGUUUGAGACAGGCAAAUACUACAUAACAAUCAUUGAUGCUCCUGGACAUCGUGACUUUAUUAAGAACAUGAUCACCGGCACAUCUCAGGCUGACUGUGCUGUAUUAAUUGUAGCUGGCGGUGUAGGUGAGUUUGAAGCUGGCAUUUCUAAGAAUGGGCAGACUAGAGAGCAUGCCCUCCUUGCUUUUACCCUGGGGGUAAAGCAGCUAAUCAUUGGAGUAAACAAAAUGGAUUCCACAGAGCCUCCCUACAGCCAGAAGAGGUACCAGGAGAUUACAAAGGAGGUCAGCACUUACAUAAAGAAGAUUGGAUAUAACCCUGCCACUGUGGCUUUUGUGCCAAUCUCAGGGUGGCAUGGAGACAACAUGCUGGAGCCCAGUUCAAAUAUGUCUUGGUUCAAAGGCUGGAAAGUGGAACGAAAAGAAGGUAAUGCCAGUGGAAUUACUCUUCUGGAAGCUCUAGACUCAAUCACCCCUCCAGCUCGGCCCACAAACAAACCUCUGCGUCUUCCUCUGCAGGAUGUGUACAAGAUUGGAGGUAUCGGCACAGUACCUGUUGGUAGAGUGGAGACUGGAAUCUUGAAACCAGGCAUGGUUGUAACAUUUGCACCUAGUAACGUUACCACAGAGGUAAAAUCAGUGGAGAUGCACCAUGAGGCACUGCAGGAGGCAUUUCCAGGUGACAAUGUUGGCUUCAAUGUGAAGAACAUAUCAGUGAAGGAUAUCAGGAGAGGAAAUGUUGCUGGUGACAGUAAGAAUGACCCACCCAUGCAGGCUGGCAGCUUUACAGCUCAGGUCAUCAUCCUCAAUCACCCAGGAACAAUAGGUGCAGGUUAUGCUCCAGUCUUGGACUGUCAUACUGCUCACAUUGCCUGCAAGUUUGCUGAGCUAAAGGAGAAAAUAGAUCGCAGGUCAGGCAAGAAGUUGGAGGACAAUCCUAAGAGCUUGAAAUCUGGGGAUGCUGCUAUUGUGGAAAUGAUUCCUGGAAAGCCAAUGUGUGUGGAAACCUUUUCUGAUUACCCUCCACUUGGAAGAUUUGCCGUCCGUGACAUGAGACAGACGGUGGCAGUUGGUGUCAUUAAAGCUGUAGACAAAAAGGCAGCUAGUACUGGUAAAGUGACAAAGUCAGCAGUUAAGGCUGGUAAAAAGUAAAUUUCCUACAUCAAUCUGCAAGACACGCCAAGAAGAUCACCAUUGUAUCAAUUAACAUGUGGCAUGUACACUUUCACUGACUUGUAAAUUAAAUAUUUAAUAAAGUUGCAAAAAACAAGAA